AUGUUUAGCUCCAGCCCCCCUCCCAGCUCCAGCCCCCUCCCAGCUCCAGCCCCCCUCCCAGCUCCAGCCCCCCCCAGCUCCAGCCCCCUCCCAGCUCCAGCCCCCCUCCCAGCUCCAGCCCCCCCCUCCCAGCUCCAGCCCCCUCCCAGCUCCAGCCCCCCAGCUCCAGUCCCCCUCCCCAGCCCCCCCUCCCAGCUCCAGCCCCCUCCCAGCUCCAGCCCCCCUCCCAGCUCCAGCCCCCCUCCCAGCUCCAGCCCCCCCCUCCCAGCUCCAGCCCCCUCCCAGCUCCAGCCCCCCUCCCAGCUCCAGCCCCCCUCCCAGCUCCAGUCCCCUCCCCAGCUCCCCCCUCCCAGCUCCAGCCCCCCUCCCAGCUCCAGCUCCCCCCUCCCAGCUCCAGCCCCCCUCCCAGCUCCAGCCCCCCCUCCCAGCUCCAGCCCCCCCAGCUCCAGUCCCCUCCCCAGCCCCCCCCAGCUCCAGCCCCCUCCCACUGACAGGUUACAAGGGAAAAGUCAUCUGAAGCCUCACAAAGGAAACAGAGUGAUGAGCCUCCUGCCAGGACGAUAUGAUUAG